AUACAUCUCAAAUAUUUCUAGGUAUGAACAUGAAGAUAUCCAAAGAAUCAUUCUACGAGAACUCGGAAAACUCCGAUAUUUCUUCGAUAUCAGCAUCAGAUUUUGUAGAGGAUGCUGAAUUUCCUGCAACACUAUCGUCGUCGUCGUCGUCGAACGGGCCGUUGUAUGAGUUAUCUGAGAUCAUGGCUCAACUACCUAUCAAGAGAGGGCUUUCGAAGCAUUAUGAAGGGAAGUCUCGGUCGUUUGCGUCUCUGGCGAGCGUAAAGAGCGUCGAAGACCUUCCGAAGAGAGCGAUUUCGUUUGGUGGAUCAGAGAUGAAAUCGUGCAAGAGCUACGGAUGGGGACUCGAUGGCCACCAUAACAGUCGGGCGUUUAGCCCGAAGGCGACGAUAUCAAAGAAGGGCUCGAGUCGGGUUGGUUUCAUGUCUUCUUCUCUAGCUAGGUAGAUUGAACAAGAUCAAU